CAUUCAGUCACGGACUCUUCGUCUUCUACCUUCCUACUUCCUUCCUUUAUAAUUUUCAGUUUAUAUUCUUCUCACUUUCCGAGCUUUUCCAGUGGACUUCUUUUUUUACAAAAACAAUGGCGGCUCCGAUCAUAAUUUCCUCUUUCCUUUUCUUAUUCUUCUCUGUCUCCGUCUCUGCUCUUAACGUCGGUGUUCAGCUCACACAUCCCACCGUUUCUCUGAGCAAAGAAUGUAGCCGGAAAUGCGAAUCAGAGUUCUGUUCAGUGCCUCCACUUUUGAGGUAUGGGAAGUACUGUGGACUAUUGUACAGUGGAUGUCCUGGAGAGAGACCUUGUGAUGGUCUUGAUUCAUGUUGCAUGAAGCAUGAUGCUUGUGUUCAAUCCAAAAAUAAUGAUUACCUAAGCCAAGAGUGUAGUCAGAAGUUCAUAAACUGCAUGGACAAUUUCAGCAAUACGAAGCAACCGACGUUUACAGGUAACACAUGCGAUCCCGAUGAAGUCAUUGAUGUCAUCUCCAUUGUCAUGGACGCCGCCCUUAUCGCCGGCAGAGUCUUCCGCAAACCCUGAAUAUGUUUUUGUAUUGGUUAAUCGUUUCUCUUGUUUCUUAAGUACUCUCACACAUUUGUCUUUUGUUUUAUCUAAUGUCUUCAUUUAUAUCAUCUGUUUUACUGGAAAACACACUAAUAUUACGAAUUGUAUUACUAUA